AUGAAAGAGGUCAUCAAUUUAGCAGGGCCGACUGUGAACUUCGUGGAUAGUCCAAUCCCGGAGCCGAACGAUGACCAAGUGCUCAUCAAAGUGGUCGUGUCUGGGUCGAACCCAAAGGAUUGGAAGGUCCCAGAUAUUGCAGCUUCUGGGGAUAGCAAUAUGGAGAUGAUGCUCAAGGCCAAGAAAGGCCUGAACCAAGGAGACGAUAUUGCUGGAGUAGUCGAGAAAGUCGGAUGCAACGUAGUCGAAUUCAAACCGGGUGAUCGCGUGGCAGCCUUUCACGAAAUGUGUGCGCCUGGUGGCUCGUAUGCUGAGUACGCAAUUGCGUGGAGUCAUACAACCUUCCAUUUGCCAACACACACUUCAUUCGAAGAAGCCGCCACAAUCCCACUCGCUGCCUUGACUGCUGCUGUUUCAUUGUAUGCGCACCAUCGCCUCCCACCCCCGUGGGCACCUGCAACGAAACCGAUCCCAUUCAUCGUCUAUGGUGCAAGCACGGCUGUGGGCUCUUUCGCAAUCAAGUUGGCAUGCAACAGCAAUAUCCACCCUAUCAUCGCCAUUGCAGGAAAAGGAUCGCAGUAUGUUAGGGCCUUGCUCGAUUCAAGCAAAGGAGAUGUCGUGAUCGACUAUCGCGAAGGUGUAGAGACAACGGUCAAGAAGAUCAGAGACAAUCUCGAACGAGCCGAGCGCAGAAGUCUUAAAGAAUUCGGUUACCCGGGUGGACAGAUUGAUUUCACGCUGCCUAACGAUCUAGACGUCUCGCCUGCGAACAAAUCGAUCACUUCGGUGGGAUCGGUGCACAAACAACCGGAGUUUGAGAAUAACGAGGAACUGGGUUUCAUUUUCUCCCGGUAUUUCACAAGAGCAUUGAACAAGCGCAGUUUCUCGGGUCAUCCUUUCGAAGUUAGGCCGCGCGGCCUAGAAGGUGUUGAAGAGGCUUUAAGAGACUUGAAAGCCGGAAAAGCAAGCGCUAUGAAAUAUAUUAUCCGCAUUGCAGAUACACCAGGGAUUGUUUAA